AUGAUCUGCCCGAUAACUGCCACCAAGUUCGUUGGGACUGUGUCCCUCGGGCUGCUGACGGGAAUGUCCUACUCCACUGCCUCAAUCACGAUCCCAGCUCUCAAGCUCCUUCCCUCCUCAACCACCGCCUCUCGCUGCCUGAAUGAAGUGAAGCGCCUAAACCGCAAGCAUGCCCUGCGCCUAUCCAGCUUGACUAAUGCAUGCAUCCUUUUCGCCUACUCUGUCUCUCCUCCCCGCCGCCAACACCCAUACCUUAUCUGGAUGUGCGUUGUCUCGACAGUCAGCUCAUACGGCCUCGAUUUGUUCUUCAACCGACACAUGGGGCUCAAGAACUGGGUCCUCGCCGCUAUCCAAGAUACUACCGGUCUGAGCCUCGGACUCCAACCCACUUCUAAGAAGGAAGAUGAUCUAGUCGUAGUCGAAGCUGAGGAAGAUGUCAACGGCGAGAGCGUACAGCGCGAGAUGGACGGAGAGCGUCGGCUGCAACGUGCGCGGGCCUUGCUGGCCGGGCUUGCGCUGUCGAUGGGCAUUGUUGGACUGUGGGGAGACAAAAAGUGA